UAACUAUCAUUGUCGAUGUGAACCUAGCUAUAUGCGGUAGCCAUGUACUCUCUGUGCCGAGAACCUUAUGGGAAGGUAUAGUCACCACCGCUAUUCUACCUCUGCCAUAGAAGAAAGAAGUGUUUUGAAAGUGCUGGCAUCAAGGUACGGGAUACGAGUACGCAGUACGGGGUAACCGAGGAAUGCGGCGUGGGGAUGCUUUUGUUCUUCUGCAUUGACGCGAAGGGCGCAUCUCUCACACACUGUCUGACAUUAUUACGUACCUGCAUUGCUGCAAAUGUUGCAUCGCUCCGAGUUCUGAUCCGAGUCGACUACCUUUGGUAAGGACGAUAGUGCCUUCGUGUCUUCUUUCGAUACAUCUGCGAAAGCCCUCUGCUGCAAUGCAAGAUACAACGUGACGCAUGAUUCGGAGAGACAAUUUCACGAUCCCUGAUAUCAUUGCAACACAUCUUGGCUCUUCUAUAGCCAACGUCUUGUGCAGUCUUCACCAUGAACGGAUCACAUCCCCAGAACAACACAGUUACCCUCGCAGACUAUCUUCUUACGCGGCUCAAACAGCUUGGGGUAGGCGCGAUCCAUGGUGUUCCCGGAGACUACAACCUCACUCUACUGGACUACAUUGAGCCCGCAGGCCUUCUCUGGGUUGGCAGCACCAAUGAGCUGAAUGCAGGCUAUGCUGCUGAUGGUUAUGCCCGAAUCAAAGGUCUUGGUGCGCUGAUCACGACUUUUGGGGUCGGUGAGCUCUCUGCAAUCAAUGCAAUUGCGGGCGCAUACACCGAGCGAGCGGCAGUCGUGCACAUUGUCGGGACACCGCCGCGGGACUCUCAAGACGAGCGAAAGAUGAUCCAUCAUACUCUGGGCGACGGCGACUACAGCCAUUUCGCUCAAAUGUCUGCCCAUGUGACAGUGGCACAAGCUAAUCUGCUAGACCCAAGGACUGCGCCCAAGCAAAUUGACGACGCCCUAGAGCAAUGCAUCCUCCACAGCAGGCCAGUUUACAUUGAAGUGCCUGUGGAUGUUGUUGCAGUCCCAGUACCAACCGAUCGACUUGAAUCCAACAUUCAGAUAUCCCAGUCUUUGCCCUCUCCGGCUUUUGAGGCUGCAAUAACCAAGCUGACAGAAAGGUUGUACGCUGCGAAGCAACCAGUCAUUUUAGUGGACUGUGAGACAAGACCGCUUGGCCUGAUGAACAGCGUCCGGCAACUGAUCGAGUCUACAAGGUGGCCUACCUUCACCACGUCAUCCGGCAAGUCCCUCGUCGACGAGACAUUACCCAACGUCUAUGGUAUCUAUCAAGGGCGCUUCGCCGCGCCCAAGACGAAGAGCGUCAUGGACAACUCAGACCUGGUCUUGUUCUUUGGUCCACACCAGAGUACCACCAACAGCUACAGUCUGACAGCAUUGCCCAGAACAGAUGUUACGAUAUCUUUCACAUUCGGCGGCAUCAAGGUUGCAAGCGACAUGUACCGUGACGUCUCCGCCAAACAGGUACUUGACUACCUUCUCAACAAUCUGGACUUCGCCAAGUUGAACGCAGACACAAAAACCGACGUUGACCUCCCUCGUGAGCGUAAUCUUUCGUUUUCCGAUGUGUCAGACGAACAAGAAAUCAAGCAAGACAAAGUCUGGCGCCUCAUAGGAAAUUUUCUUCAGCCCGGGGACAUCCUCAUGGGCGAGACCGGUACACCAGGCUACGGAGUCCGUGAGAUGUCCUUACCUCCGCACACCCGUCUCUUCACACCUACGACGUGGCUGUCUAUCGGAUACAUGCUGCCAGCGAGCCAAGGCGCGGCUUUGGCCCAACGAGAACUCAUGGCGUCGUCAAACUACCAUGGCAUCAAAGAUGCACGAACAGUCCUACUCAUUGGCGACGGGAGCUUCCAGAUGACGGUACAAGAGCUGGCAACGAUCAUCCGCCACAAUCUCAAUGUCGUCAUCUUCCUCAUCAACAAUGAUGGAUACACGAUCGAGCGAUGCAUCCAUGGACUGCGUCAAGGAUACAACGACAUCACGCCAUGGCGGUAUUUGAAGGCGCCUGAGUUCUUUGGUGCGCCAGAGAAUACAUAUACUAAUUCGGCCAAGACCUAUGGAGAGCUGAAGCAGGUUCUGGAAGACAAGAGCUUGACGGAUGCGAAAGGACUGAGGAUGGUAGAAGUGUUUUUGGAUCGUGAAGAUGCACCGGUCGGACCUUUAGUAGACUUGCUCAACAAACAAAAGGACAAGGCGGAUUAGUCCUUAACCAUGUCUGUAUCUGCCUAUGCUCUGAUUGCCACAUUCAAUUGAAUGCAUUCGAGGAAUACGUUCAAUCCGGACGCGCCGAAGGCUGAUAUUGCUACUUGACGCAUUGUAGCGAUAAUCGAACGUGUCCUAGGUUCUCCUCAGGGACGC